GUCUGCAGCCGCCCCGGGGGAUGGCGGGGAGAGAGGCUGGCCGCUUCAGAAGCGGGAGCGGUGGUGGGCGGGGGCGCUCCGCCGAAUCCGACCCGCUCCGGUUCUUUGGGGUUCCAUCCGGAGAAGCCUCGCGGCGGGCUCGCGCCAGCCUCUCCUUCCCGCCCCCGUUCUGCUGAUGGGCAGCUGCCUCCCCGCUGCGCUGCCGAAGGGCGAGGGGUGGGUCCGGGGAGGGAAGAGACCCAGGCCCUGCAGGGCUGGGAGCAGGCGAGCCCGGACGGAGACUUUCUCCCCUUGAAAGCGGGGCGGCGGGCAGAGAGGAGCGCCAGGAAGGGAGGGACUCUCCUCCUCGCACGGUCCCAGCCAGCGCGAAGCAAGUUUCUUAGCCGUGCAAGUCCUCGGACUCUGCAAGCCGAGCUUCUCGCAGCCUAACGGAGGCGCCUCUUCGCGCAUUCAGGGAGCGAGACGUAUUUUAUUUCGCAAUAUUUAUAUAGCGCUUGGUUGCAACGAAGCCGCGAAGCGCUUCUCGGCACCCGGCCAUUAUAAUGAGGGCUGGCGGGUAAGAAGGGAAGUGGGGGAAAGGAGCAGGACAAGACCCCCAUCAGCGCCGCCGCCGCCUUCCGAUAUUCCUUUGACUCUUCUGGGGAGGAGGAUGGCGGCCGCCUCGGAGAACUGAGUCUCGGGAGAGCGAGGAGCGGGGAUCUCUUUCUGACAAUGGCCGACCGAGAUGGAGAGGUGAGGUGGGAUGGGCUGUGCAGCAGGGAGCGCAGCGCCAGAGACAGCGCCAUGGAGAGCAUAAGGCAGGCGGUCCUGAAGAAGAGCGAGGCGGUGGCUCCGGCCAAAGAAGCCGCGUCUCCUCCGGCGUCGCCAGCGGCGGAAGGGCUCUCGCCGCCUCCCAGCGGGGCUCGUGGCGGGCUGAACGAAAUGCUCGCCCGCCUGCUGAUGCUGUCCAAGAGGUGCCCCUUCCGAGACGUGAGGGAGAAGAGCGAGGCCAUCCUGAUGAGCGUUCAGGAACUUGGAAUUAGGAUCCCUAGACCACUGGGACAAGGACCAAGCAGAUUCAUCCCAGAGAUGGAGAUUAUCCAAGUGAGCGCUGAAGAUACCCACAUGCAUGCUUUGUUUGCAGAGUCUUUCACAACUUUAGGGCAUUUGGACAACAUUGCCCUGGUGAUGGUUUUCCACCCACAGUACCUGGAGAGCUUUUUAAAAACUCAGCAUUAUCUGUUACAGAUGGAUGGCCCACUGCCUCUUCACUAUCGACACUACAUUGGUAUCAUGGCUGCAGCUAGGCACCAGUGCUCCUACUUGGUUAACGUCCAUGUCAAUUGCUUUCUUCAUGUUGGGGGAGACCCUAAGUGGUUGAAUGGUCUAGAGAAUGCACCUCAAAAACUGCAGAAUUUGGGUGAAUUGAAUAAAAUCUUGGCGCACAGACCAUGGCUCAUUACCAAAGAACAUAUUGAACAACUUCUGAAGACUGAAGAACAUAGCUGGUCCCUGGCAGAACUGAUCCAUGCUGUAGUUCUCCUUACACAUUAUCAUUCGCUUGCGUCCUUCACAUUUGGCUGUGGAAUCAACCCAGAAAUUCACUGUGACGGUGGUCACACAUUCAGGCCACCUUCUGUCAGUGGCUACUGCAUUUGUGAUAUUGCAAAUGGAAAUCAUGGUGUGUAUGAGACGCAGGGCCCAGCUGCAAAUAUUGCUAUCACUGAGCCUUUCUGUGAAGUAGAAGCACUUAUGGAAAAACUGAAGCAACUACAGGAAUGCAGAGAUGAUGUUAAAGCCAGUCAAGAAGAAAAGGCCACUCGUUUUGAGAAGGAAAAGAGAGAAAGCAUGUUGGUGUGUUGCUCAGAAGAUGAAGAAUCUGUGCCAACAAGAGAUGUGUCUCGACACUUUGAGGAUACUAGCUAUGGCUAUAAAGAUUUCUCCAGACAUGGAAUGCAAGUACCUACGUUCCAUGUUCAGGACUAUUCAUGGGAAGACCAUGGCUAUUCAUUGGUAAAUCGUCUCUAUCCAGAUGUGGGGCAGUUGAUAGAUGAGAAGUUUCAGAUUGCAUACAACCUGACUUACAACACAAUGGCCAUGCAUAAAGAUGUGGAUACCUCAAUGCUCAGGCGGGCAAUCUGGAAUUAUAUCCAUUGUAUGUUUGGAAUAAGAUAUGAUGACUAUGACUAUGGUGAAAUUAACCAGCUACUGGACCGCAGUUUUAAAAUUUACAUCAAAACUGUGGUGUGUGCUCCUGAGAAGACCACAAACAGAAUGUAUGAUAGCUUUUGGAGACAGUUCAAACACUCUGAGAAGGUUCAUGUCAAUUUGCUUCUCAUAGAAGCGCGGAUGCAGGCUGAACUGCUGUAUGCUCUGAGAGCCAUUACUCGCUACAUGACCUGAAAUGUUUGGCUGGCUGGCUAACUGGGUUGGAAGGUGCAGCAGGUGCUGCCUACUAGGAGAUGCUACCGAGCUUCGGAACCAGUGGUGGCUAAAAGCCAUGAGAUCGAUUGUGCCAUAACUUUCUUUUAGUUUCAGCUCCUUCCUUGGUGGAAUAUUGCUACUGGGCUUGGUGGACAAAAUUGUUCAGAGAGGCUCCUUGAUCACUACAGCCUGCUCUUGAUAGCACAGGAAACCAUGAUUUGUGGCAGCCAAGUAGUUAAUUACGUAAAUCUUGUAUUUGUUGCAAGUAGAUAACAAAAUCUGGGGACACGAGGAGAAUUUAAAAAGACUUCUGCUUUUGAUAUAAGAAUAAUUGAUAUUUUUUAAAGGAAACGUCUUGAUGCUGCUGUACUUGCUAGUGAAAUGAAGAGACUAGCAAUUCCAAUUAAGCUACAAAUGAAAUCUGAGCCUUAUAUGGUUAUUAGAGAAAGUCCUUGCUAAUGAUUUGAAACUGAACUGUAUUCACACUAACAGUUUUGAUUGUAACAGGAGUGUCUAGCUUUCUUUAAAAAAAAAAUGUUACUGGCCUGGACUUGUUCACAGUGGUUGUGUGGCUAAAUCAACAGUGUGAAAAGGAGUAAGAAUUUUCAAAGCUGCUUAAGACUGCAACUAUGUGAAAUGCUAAAUGCUUGGUAACAAGGACAAACAUUCUCCUAUUUCUUAUUGUUCCUAGAAGUUAUCUAAGGUGUGGGAAAGUUAAUUCGGACUAUCAGGCAGCCUCUCAAUACAUUUGCUUACCCAUGCCUAUGGUCCAUCACUUAGCUUAUGUAGUCAAGCAGGAAAAUAGCAUAACGAUAAAACCCUUAAGUUUGUCAUACAGCUGUUUCUGGAAAAUAUAUGGAUACUUUUGUAUGAGCAGCAUGAACUGCUAUAAAAUCUGUCAGUAUUACUGAAUUGUUUAAAUAAAACAAUUUUUGUUCUGUUCUUA